AUGGGUUUAUCGGAUGCUGCUGGUCAGUGGCAUAUAGAUGAGGCCUCUAUUAACGCUAUUGCAGUGUCCUAUUUCACGGAGAUUUUUGCGACGACCCACCCUUCGCAGAGCCACGAAAUUUUUGCAUGCGUUGAGCAACAGAUUACAGACCAAGAUAAUAGAGAGCUUUUGAAGGCAGUGGAGAUGGAGGAAAUUUAUUCUGCGAUGAAGGACAUACACCCAUUAAAAUCACCGAGGCCAGAUGGGUUUACAGGAAGCUUUUAUCAUCAAUUUUGGGGUACGGUUGGGACUGAGGUUAUAGGAGCUGUUCAAAGUUUUUUUCACCAUGGGAAGAUGACUAAGAAGUGGAAUCAUACACACCUAGUUCUUAUUCCAAAGAAAAAGAGGGGUGAGCUCUGCGAGAUGGCGAUCAAGCUUGACAUGGCAAAAGCCUAUGAUAGGGUGGAGUGGGUUUUUGUAGGGGAGAUGCUACGUACCCUGGGUUUUGGAGAGACUCUCUGUCACUGGAUCAUGGAAUGUAUCUCCACAGUCACGUAUAGUGUUAUGAUCAACGGUGAGGCUACGAGUCAUAUUGUGCCGUCGAGAGGGCUCCGUCAAGGGGAUCCUCUCUCCCCUUUCCUUUUUCUUAUUUGUGCGGAGGGUUUGACAGCUUUGCUUCGUAAAUAUGAAGAGGACAGGCUCAUCCAUGGCUUUCAGAUUCGAGCAGAAGGGGUGCAGAUUUCUCAUUUAUUAUUUGCUGAUGAUUCGUCGAAGAAGAAAGUUUUUGAGAACGUGCGGGUCAAGAUUACCCAACGCCUGCAAGGAUGGGCAGAACAAUUUUUAUCUACAGCCGGGAAGGAAGUGCUUAUUAAGGCUGUUGCAAUGGCUAUGCCUACAUAUGUUAAACGUAAUGCAUUUGUAUCAGUUAUUAAAGUAGAGUUGUAUCUCUUGAGAAGAGUUUUGUUUAAGAAGAGUUGUAUCUCUUUAGAAGUCAAGAGUUGUGUUUGCAACUCUUGGAACUAA